AUGGGGAUUAUUCUUGCUAAGCUGUGGCGCAAGCUCACUAACAAAGAGGAAGUAAAAAUUGUGCUCGUUGGGCUGGAUAACGCGGGGAAAACUACCGUUUUAUAUAAACUGUUACUGAAUGAAGUAGUCGUUACAACACCUACUAUAGGAAGUAAUGUGGAGGAUCUCGGAGGCCAAGAUUCAUUACGUGCAACAUGGAAAACAUAUUACAUAAAAACAAAAGCUGUUAUCAUGGUCAUUGAUAGUACAGAUAGAGAUCGAUUACAUAUAUCCAGGGCAGAAUUACAUACGAUGAUGGAAGAUGAGAAUCUUAAAAAUGCUGUAUUACUCGUAUUUGCCAACAAACAAGAUAUGAAAGGUGCAUUAACAGCAGCACAAAUUUCCGAAGCAUUGAAUUUGACAAGCAUGCGGGAUAGGCAAUGGCAUAUACAGGCUUGCUGCGCACUGACUGGUGAAGGAUUAUUUGAAGGACUGGAUUGGAUUGUUAGUCAAAUAGCUAGUUCCUAA